AUGAGGAGGAACAAGCGCAUUGGUCAUCCAGCAAACGAAAUGGAUGCUGGUCUGACUGCCUCGUCUUCCCAAGGAAAAAGCGAAGGGAAUAAAGAGGAGAACAGAAGCGAUAAAAAGAGCAACCUAUCUUGUAAUACUGUAGAUUCGUCAUCAAGCAUGAGAACGCCUGACUUUUUCGAAAGCGUUUCGACGCCCAGACGAUGCCUUCUCUCCGAGUUUGAGGAAGAACUAGAGGAGGAAGUUCGGAAUAAGUGUGGAGAAAACAUUCUUUCAAUAAAAUCAUCUACUUUAGAGCCAUCAGCGUUGUGUGACAAAACUUAUGAGGGACGUGAUGCAAAAAGUGUGCGAGCCUUUGUGGAUGUUAGUGGCUGUUUUAAUAAGACGAAGGUGGAGGAAUCUUUAAGAAAUUUAGGAGCUAUGGUUUCUGCCAGAUUUUGUAAAGACGUUACCCAUUUGGUAUUUUGGAAUGGCUCACAGGAUUUGUUAGAUAAAGCUUACGAAAAAGGAUUUUCUUCUCUAAUAGUUGCACCUCACUGGGUUAACAAAUGUGUUGCUGAAAAAAGGAUUGUUGAUGAAGCUCCAUACCUUUUAUAUGGUUUAACAGGAUUAGCUCUUUCUCAUGCUGAGAUGGCGAGAGGAAGGGUGGGGAAGAUUGGAGACUUGGAAGAGGAGCUCCAUAGUCAGUAUUCUGGAAAGAUCUGUUCCGAAGCGUGCUUGUCUAAGAUCAGAGAGACGAAAACGUGGAAAAUCGAAAGGGGAGGAAAAAGGAUCUCUAGGUAUAUUACUGCAACACUUAAUCAAGACGCUGAAUGUAAUGAGGAGGUUCGUGAGUUAGUGGACAACUUGAAGAGAUGGGGUUUUACAGCAGUCAGUAAACUUACGCAGACCAAGACAAGUGGUCUUAGUUAUGACUGUAGCAUUAGCGAUUUGGAUCUCAUGUACACUAUCGAGGCUCUUUCUGACCAACUUGCUCCUGUUUUAGCUUCUUUGGAAAGCAGGGGUGUUACCGUUCAAGAUAUUAUGACUCCAUUAGUGGAACGGGUUAAACGGCGAGUAGACGAAAUAAGUGAGUCUUACAUUGUCAUAACGUCGACCACUGGUGAAGAAUUUGGGCGUGCGAAACACGGUAUGUUGAAUAAGCCGGAUAAGCAUGUUGAACGUUCGCCCUCACUUUUUGAUAGUCGUGAAGGAAGCGCAGAGAUGCUUUUAAGCAGUCGGCAAGAAGAGUUAGGUGAAGUUUACGGAUAUGGCUUAAACCCAGACGAUUCGAUUGGUGAUAAGGAUUGUAAGUCUGCUUCACUGGAAGUUCUCACUAAAAGCCAGUCUGUUCCCGCCGCAUGUUUAAAAUCAAUGAAGUCUCGUUUUGUGAAUUUAGAAAAAGAUUUGACGAAAAGUGAGCCUUCAAAAAGACGUGGUAGACCCUGGAUUCCGGCAGAAGAGAUGACUCCUCUUCAAUUUGAAAAAGCUCUCUAUCGGCGAUACCCAAAGUCUUAUAGAUCUCACCUCAAAAUGAAUGCUGAAGAAAAAGCUGCUGCCUAUCAGCAGUACCUUGAAAAAGAAGAAGAAAUACAGUCUUCAACGCAAGCGAAAACGGAGGAAGGAAAUAAAGGGAAACCACGAGCAUUUGCUGUGAAAACCAAGUCUAAAGUGUUAAACGAUUUGCAAGUUGUCAACAGUUCAGAAGAAUUUGUGCGUUCGAAAUCAAAAGUCCGUCAUGUAUUAAGAAAACCAGGGACAGUAGUGUUGUCAGCUGUUGAUGAAAGUGACCGGGAGUUUUUAUUUGCUAUUGUGCGAAGACUAGGAGUUUUGAGAGUUGCGAAAAAUGUUGAUGAAGAGACAAGGUUUGUAAUUGGAGACGAAAAGGGUUCAAGAACUGUGAAUGUGAUGUGUGCACUGGUUAGUGGAAUCCCUGUGGUUGGCAAAGAAUGGGCGUACCAUUCUCUAGACAACAUGAGCUGGUUGAGCGCGCAAGAAUUUUUAAUCCCUAAAUGGAAAGGUCCAUACAAAGCUUAUCGGCGAGGACGACUGCAGCAACUUUUUUCCUCAUUAGGACCUUUUUAUGUUUCAAAUCGGUGUUCUCCUGCGGCGGAACAUUUGAUUUAUUUUAUAGAAAAAUGUGGAGGAAAAGUAACGGAGUCUUUGUCACGAGCUGUUAUUUUAAUCGCUCCGCAAGAAAUCUGGGGAAGUCUGAUUUCUCGCCGUAGAAAUGACCAAGAUGUAGUUCACACAGUGCCGGAAUGUUGGGUAUUAGACUCAGUAUGCUGUGUUGAAGUUCGCCCUUUCAAAGAUUACGAAGGGGAUUCGUUAGCACACAGUAGAGCUGAUAACAAAAAGCCUGAAGUUGUUGUAGAGGGCAUCCCCGACGUUUUCGACAGUGAGAAGCGUGAGCUGGACCCUGAAAAGGAUGGUGAUUCAUUAGAAGCGCUACUGAAAAUUACAAAUGAAAAUGAAAGAGACAGCGGGAACGACUAA